CGCAGCAGGUAAUACACAGUCGGCGAAUAAAUAAAAUCUGUCGUCAACGGCUGCAACAAUGACAGCAAAACGGGGCUUAAAACAGCCGCUUUAGUGGAACCAGGGCUGUGUGAGGUAUUUAUUCUUAGCCUUAAUGUUAUUGUUAGCAUGACGAAUAUAACUAAACCAAAGUUUUGGAGAAGACUGAAACCCCAAACCUCUUCGACUCAUCAUCAGCGGCGCCGAGAAGAGUCUGAGUCCGAGUCCGAGCACAAAGACCCGGACACGGAGCCCGAACAGCCGAUUUUCUUACAAAAUGGACUCGGACGUUUGCUCUGCUGACCACCCGGGACCCGCCCCCUCAGAGACCCGGCAGUCCGACUCGGCCCUGGUUGACGUGGACUCCCCGGCCGUCGUCAUCAGGCAGCCCGGCGCCGAGGCGGAGGAUCUGGAUUCCUACAACCCGAUCGAACCUCCUCCUUUGGACUGGAGGUCAGACUCGUCCAGCGAGGCGGGUUCAGUGGACGACCUGGAUGACCCCGGCUUCCCUCCGUCUGAGGACAGUCUGGACAAGGCCGGUCCAGAUCGGCUGGUGUUGGUACCGCUGGAUGCGAGUCAGACUGUGGUUCAGCCCGAUGUAGACCAGCAAGAGGAGGUUGGAAACGACACGAUUCAGGACGAUGAGGAGGGAGGUGGAGGUGAGGAGACAGAGCAGGCAAAAGCUGAGGACGAGGUGGAGGUCGAAGCUGCAGAGGAACAUGAGGGAGCUUCCAGGUUAGAUGAUGAAGACCACAGCCGCAUCCAUAGCCUCUUAAACCGGCUCCAGCUGAUGGGGGAGGAGCCUCCUCCGAGCCGCCGGACCCCGCCUCACUUCGCCCAGCAUCAGUACUCCGCCCUGUCCGAUCUGGAGGCGUGCGCCCCCUCUCUAAUCCCAGACGACAGUGAAACCACCGGUCUGCUGUUUUCUGAAAACCACCAGAGGGACCUGCUGGGACUCCUACAGUGCACGGACCUCAGCACUCCACCCCGUCCCCCCCGUGGGUCCAACAGAGGGGACGUGGAUGCCGUGGUGUCCGUGUCCUACAGCCACAAGGACACGCAGAAGUACUGGGAGAAUUAUGGGAACGUUGACCAGCAGCGGCACAGAGAUGACUCCCUCACCUCGCUGCCCGAUGACGAGUAUCCUGAGCCAGUGUGGAUGAAGGUGGGGGAGGAGCCUCCGGAAGAGGAAGAGGAAGAAGCUUCUGCAGUGACGGAGAGUGCUGAUGAUCAUCCUGCGUAUAAAGAUGUGCCUGGUCCGUGUGAUCCCGAAGACCUGCUGGACGGUGUGAUUUUUGGUGCCAAAUACCUGGGCUCGACUCAGAUCAAAUCAGACAAGAACCCGUCGACGAAUGCCCGAAUGACCCAGGCCCAGGAGGCUGUGGAACGCAUCAAGGCUCCGGAGGGCGAGUCUCAGCCGAUGACGGAGGUGGAUCUGUUCAUUUCCACCCAGAGAAUCAAAGUGCUCACUGCUGACACACAGGAAGCCAUGAUGGAUCACCCGCUGCAGAUGAUCUCUUACAUCGCAGACAUCGGUGACAUCGUGGUUCUGAUGGCGCGACGGAAACGUAAAGGGCAGGACGCCGACUCUUCAUCUGCGUCUCAGAAGAAAUGCUUAAUGAUCUGCCAUGUGUUCACCUCUGACGAUGCCCAGACCAUCGCCCAGGCCAUCGGUCAAGCGUUCGGAGUCGCCUACCAGCAGUUUCUUCAAGCCAACGGCAUCAAGGCCAGCGACCUGAGGCCCAGCGAGUACAGCGACUUCCUGGAGAAUCAGGAGCUCUACAACGGAGACCUGGCCCACUUCUCAGACUCCCAGAACCUCAGAGAUGUGGUCAUCACCAAGGCCCCCGGGGAGAUCCUGGGUCUGGCCGUGGUGGAGUCCGGCUGGGGCUCCAUCCUCCCCACCGUGGUGGUGGCCAACCUGCUUCAUGGAGGACCGGCCGAGCGCUGCAGCGAGCUCAGCAUCGGCGACCGCAUCAUGUCAGUAAACGGCACGAGUCUGGUGGGUUUACCCAUCACCACCUGCCAGAACAUCAUCAGGGACUUGAAAAGCCAAAAGUAUGUGAAGCUCAGCAUUGUCCACUGCCCUCCUGUUACCAUGGCGAUUAUCAGGAGACCAGAUCCCAAGUUUCAACUGGGCUUCAGCGUGGAGGACGGCAUCAUCUGCAGUCUGAUGCGAGGCGGCAUCGCAGAGAGAGGCGGCAUCCGUGUCGGACACCGCAUCAUUGAAAUCAAUGGACAGAGCGUGGUUGCAAUGCCGCACGAAAAGAUCAUCCAGACCCUGACGAACGCUGUGGGAGAGAUUCACCUGAAGACGAUGCCAGCCUCAACUUACCGACUCCUCACAGGACAGGAGCAGCCAGUGUUUCUUUGAGCACUUCCUGCCUUUAUCGUGGACAUAAUAUAUAUAUAUAUAUAUAUAUACUGCACAGUGUUCAGGCUUCAUGAACUUCCGCCAAACAGAGAAAACAUUAUGCAACUUAUUUUAUAUGAUUUCAUCAUGGUGUUUUUACACCAUGGAAGACGCAUAGGUAGUCUAAUUAAAUAUUUUUAAGGUGUAAAACAUUGAAAUGUUGAGAAAACACAUUUUAAAACGACAGGGAAAGAGGAUAGUUCAGUUUAUAUUUAUCAGAUAUUUAACAACGCAGGCAGUAGCUUCACUGCAACGAUGCAUAAACGUCACUAACGUACACGAGGAUACUGUACUUCAGAUCGUUUUUAGUCUUCCUGCUCGGUGUUUUUAUGCCGGCGUGCCUGAAUUAAAAGUGUUUUACGGGGAAAGUAUUGAGUCAUGCAGGUCUGUACAUUUCAUUGUGCUGUACUUUCAUACACGUCAGACCUUUAAGGCUUCUAGUGUGGCUGUUUUCUUCAUUUGAUGCUUCCCUGACCUCACCCAACAGGAAGAAAUAUGCAUAUUUCACAAAUUAAUAAGGAAAAAAACUCUGCCUUAUUUGAUAGAGAGAUGCUUAUAUUUUUAAGAAUUUGCUGUUUUGGAUGUUUAUUAAAAUGAUCUGUAAGAUA